GCCUAAAUAACAAACCCAUUAAUUCACCUGCCAAUUCCUCCCCUUCAGGUGGGUGACAUACUCUGAUUCCUCCCUCCAGGAUCCGAAAGCUUCAGUUCCCGUGCAGAUCUCAUCGGCUUGUCAAACAGAAGGUUUGGUGCAAGGAGCAUACACUGAUAGCUUCCGCCGAGUCACGUACUUUAAGGUGUUUACUUGUGUUGUUGAAUCACGAUGCAUGGUCUGCAAGACAAAAGCUAACAGGGAAGCCGAAAGUCUUUUUUAGGAAGAAAAAGUAAUCAUUUACUUUUCCAGCUAGGGUUAUGGUUUGGCCAGUUUAGAGUGCUUUUUGCAUGGGUGCUGGUCUUGGAUCAUCAGAAAAUUGAACUGCAUUUGGAAAUUGUGAUGAUGGGGUGCCCAUGCGAUCAGUCCAAUAGUAACUCAAUUGGUCGAGGGUUUGAUGGUUGUUCAAGUAGUCCCGCUGGAGGUGCUUUUGCUUUAACAGUAAAUUCAGAAAUAGGUGCAGUUUUGGCUGUCAUGAGGAGGAAUGUUCGCUGGGGAGUUAAUUAUAUGGCAGAAGAUGAUCAGCUAGAGCACUCUCUCAUACAUUCUUUCAAAGAAUUGCGGAAAAAAAUAUUUAUGUGGCAGAGUCGGUGGAAAACUGUUAAUCCAGUCUUGUAUCUUAAACCAUUCUUGGAUGUUAUUCAAUCUGAUGAAACCGGUGCACCAAUAACUGGUGUUGCCUUAUCAUCGGUCUACAAAAUAUUGACCCUGGAAGUAAUUGAUUUAGAUUCAGUGAAUGUCGAUGAAGCUUUUCAGCUAAUUGUAGAUGCUGUCACAAGUUGUCGGUUUGAGGUGACCGAUCCUGGAUCAGAAGAAGUGGUACUAGUGAAGAUACUGCAGGUUCUUUUGGCUUGCAUGAAGAAUAAGGCAUCAGUUAAGUUGAGCAAUCAGCAUGUAUGCAAUAUAGUAAACACUUGCUUUCGCGUAGUUCAUCAGGCAAGCUCUAAAGGUGAGUUGCUGCAGAGAAUAGCACGCCACACAAUGCAUGAGCUGGUUAGAUGUAUCUUCACAUGCCUGUCAAAUUUUGACAAUUUAGAAAAAGCGUAUACCCAAGCAGGCAGCUCUCAUGUCAACAAUGAGGUUGGCACACAUGAUGAGAAUCACAUUUUUGCAAGUAAACUAGAAGAUAACGGCCAUGCCAAUUUAGAAUCUGAUGAUAAGACAACUCCUGAUGGGGUUGGCCAUGAUUCCGGGGAUGCUUCAGAAGAGAAGGUGGACGUAAACGUAGUUGUGCCUGGUCAAGAUAAGGUGAUUGCUCAAGCGGGUGGGGAUAGAAUGUCAGAGCCAUAUGGGGUACCAUGUGUGGUUGAAAUCUUUCAGUUUCUAUGUUCACUUUUGAAUGUAGUAGAGACGACAGGAGUAAGCAGUAAAUCAGACUCUAUAGCUUAUGACGAAGAUGUGCCCCUAUUUGCAUUAGGUCUGAUCAAUUCAGCUAUUGAAGUGUGUGGGUCUUCUAUUCAACAUCACCCAAAGUUGCUGGUUUUGAUACAAGAUGAUUUGUUCUUUAAUUUGACUAGGUUCGGUUUGUCAACGAGCCCACUAAUACUUUCAGUGGUAUGUAGCAUUGUCCUGAAUUUAUAUCAUCAUCUACGUAUCAAGUUAAAGCUGCAACUGGAAGCUUUCAUUUCUAGUGUCCUUUUGAGGAUUGCAAAAAGCAAGUAUGGAGCUUCAUAUCAACAGCAGGAGGUUGCUAUGGAAACUCUUGUUGAUCUCUGCAGGCAACCAACAUUUAUGUCUGAGAUGUAUGUCAAUUAUGACUGUGACAUUUCCUGUAGCAAUGUUUUUGAAGACCUUGCUAACCUGCUUUCAAAAAGUGCAUUUCCAGUGAACAGACCUCUAUCUGCUAUGCAUUUUCUUGCUUUGGAUGGUAUCUGUGCAAUGAUUCAUGGCAUGGCCGAGAGGAUAUCAAGUGAUUCUCCAUCUUCACAACAAGCUUCAAUAAGCUUGACAGGUUAUCAGUCAUUUUGGAGGCUGAGAUGUGAUAACUAUGAUAACCCUGAUGAGUGGGUCCCUUUUGUCCAUAAGACGAAGUUCAUCAAGAGAAAAUUAAUGAUUGGAGCCGAGCACUUUAACAGGGAUCCCAAGAAAGGUCUAGAAUAUCUUCAGGAAGUUCAUUUGCUGCCUGAAAAACUUGAUCCAGAAAGUGUAGCAUGCUUUUUCAGGUUCACCCUCGGCUUAGAUAAGAUUCAUGUUGGAGAUUAUCUAGGAAGUCAUGACGAAUUUUGUAUUCAAGUGCUUCAUGAAUUUGCACGCACUUUUGAUUUUGAAGGCAUGAAUCUGGACAUUGCAUUGCGAGUUUUUCUGGAAACCUUUAAGUUGCCUGGAGAGUCACAAAAGAUACAGAGAGUCCUUGAGGCAUUUGCGGAGAGAUAUUAUGAACAAUCACCCCAUAUACUGUGUGACAAAGAUGCAGCUCUUGUGCUAUCAUAUUCUAUCAUACUGCUUAACACAGAUCAGCACAAUGCACAGGUUAAGAAAAAGAUGACUGAAGAAGAUUUUAUUCGAAACAAUAGGCGAAUAAAUGGAGGUAAUGAUCUUCCUGCUGAAUACCUGUCCGAGCUUUAUCACUCAAUCUCUGAGAAUGAAAUCAGGAUGACCCCAGAGCAAGCUACUGGUUCUCCGACGAUGACCGCAAGCCAUUGGGUUGGUCUAAUGCACAAAUCCAAACAAACUGCUGCGUUCAUCAGUUGUGAUUCUAGAGGGCAACUGGAUCGUGACAUGUUUGCUAUCUUAUCUGGUCCAACUAUUGCUGCUUUAUCUGUGGUUUUAGAUAAUGUGGUGCAGGAAGAUGCUUUACAAACAUGUAUUAGCGGAUUCUUGUGUGUUGCUAAAAUUGCAGCUUCUUACCAUUUUAAUGAUUUACUAAAUGAUCUGGUGGUCUCUCUUUGCAAAUUUACAACCCUCAUGCUUCCACUAUAUGGUGAAGAAUCUGUAAUUAUGUUGGGGGAUGAUACUAAAGCCAGGAUAGCAACUGAAGCAGUUUUCACUAUAGCAACUAGGUAUGGUGAUUAUAUCCGCUCUAGUUGGAAAAACAUUGUGGACUGUGUACUAAGCUUGCACAAGAUAGGUCUUCUUCCUGCUCGUCUGGCCAGUGAUGCAACUGAUGAUUUGGAGCUGCCUUUUGACCCAGAGAAAGUAAAACCUGAUUUAACUUCCUCGCCAUCACCCCUUAAGCUGGUUUCGUCAACUUCGAGGAAAUCGUCUAGUCUAAUUGGCCGAUUCAGCCAACUCCUAUAUUUUGAUGCAGAAGAACCAGCUCCACAACCAUCUGAAGAAGAGCUUGCAGCUCGCCAGGUCUGUCUAGAAAUGGUUCAGAAGUGCCAAAUCAAUAGCAUUUUCAGUGAGAGCAAAUUCCUGCAAGGUGAUUCUCUGUCGCAGCUUGUUCAGGCUCUCAUCUCAGCUGCAGGGAGAUCUGAUAAGGGAAUUAAUUUUGAGGAAGAUGAAGAAACUGCAAUAUUUUGUCUUGAAUUGCUUAUUGCAGUCACCCUAAAUAACCGUGACAGGAUUAUGCUUCUCUGGCAAGGUGUCUAUGAGCAUAUAACCAAUGUUGUUCAGUCAGCUGUGAUGCCUUGCACAUUGGUGGAGAAGGCUGUAUUUGGGCUUCUUCGGAUAUGUCAAAGACUUCUUCCUUACAAAGAAAAUUUAACUGAUGAGUUGUUGAAGUCUCUGCAGCUGGUAUUGAAACUUGAUGCCCGUGUUGCUGAUGCAUACUGUGAACCUAUCACUCAGGAAGUUAUGCGCCUGGUAAAAGCAAAUGCAAUGCAGAUAAGAUCUCAUGCAGGCUGGCGUACAAUUACGGCCUUGCUUUCUAUCACUGCUAGGCAUCCAGAAGCAUCUGAAGUGGGAUUUGAGACACUUGAAUUCAUCAUGGCUGACAGCGCUCACCUGUUGCCCGCAAAUUAUGUACUUUGCAUCAAUGCAGCUAGGCAGUUUGCUGAGUCCCGUGUUGGCAAUGUUGAUAGGUCAAUUAAAUCUCUAGAUUUGAUGUCAGGUUCUUUUGUUUGUUUAGUGAGAUGGUCUUCCAAGACUAAUGAAGCCUUGGGAGAAGAAACGGCCUCUAGAAUGAAACAGGAUAUAGGGGAGAUGUGGCUUAGGUUAGUGCAAGGAGUUAGCAGAAUCUGUUUGGAUCCAAGAGAAGAAGUGAGAAAUCAUGCAAUUUUGAUGCUACAAAAGAGCUUGACAGGGGUAGAUGGUAUAGAUCUAGUGAACGAGUUGUGGUUGCAGUGCUUUGAUCAAGUGAUCUUGACACUUCUCGAUGAUCUGUUAGAAAUUGCAAAGGAGAGUUCUCCCAAAGACUAUCGUAACAUGGAAGGAUCUCUGGUGUUAUCCUUGAAACUCUUAUCAAAAGUGUUUCUGCACUUACUCCAACGUAUCUCACAGUUAUCAACUUUUUCUAAAUUGUGGUUGGAGGUUCUUAGUCGUUUUGAAGGAUAUAUGAAGGUCAAAUUUAGAGGAAAGCGAUGUGAGAAGAUUCAUGAAAUAGUCCCAGAGCUACUAAAAAACACUCUGCUGGUCAUGAAGACGAGCGGAAUUCUUGUGCCAGAUGAUGACAAUUUAGAGGGCAGUUUAUGGCAGCUGACUUGGUUGCAUGUGAAAAACAUAGCCCCAUCUCUUCAGUUAGAAAUUUUCCCUGCUAAUGAAACGAAGCAGUUGCAGUCCAACAAUACAGAAACCGGUGGCAGUUAAUUCUUUCCCGCUCUAAUUUCAAUUCUAUCAAAGUCUACCUGAUUGCUUUUUUCAAACUGAGGACUUGCUGGAAUAAAUUAUUAUUCGAAUCCGGUUCCUUGGAUUGCUAAAUAGCAGCAUGUGGGCGGGCAACAAAGUCACAGGUGGAACUGGUCAGAUUCUGUGCAGGGUAAAGUGUUAGCUGCAUUAGCAUGGUUUCCUGAUGGCUCAUACUGGUAUUUAGUAAUUCAUACACAUUUUUUUAGCCUUGUAAUAUCUUGGCCUUUAUUUAAGGAAUGGUUUGUUUCCGAUGGCGCUUGGUUUGCCGUAUUUUCCCAGUAACAGGAUGAUGAUGUAGAGUAGCUCUUCGGGCUCUGCAUACAGUAACACCUGUUCUUUCAAGUUUUGAAGUUACAGCAUAUACCAUAUUAUGUACACACCACAUUGUGAUAUACAACAGUUCGUUUCAGUUCA